AUGUCCAAUUUGUAUACUCGCGAUGGCAUCUCAACAGUUGACCCGCCCCUGUCCCAGGCGGUCGGCUACGUGGUUGUAGUUGUGAUUGGAAUUAUCAUUGCUUUUAUCAUGAUGCUUGUUACGAAAGUGCUGAAGAAGACAGCAGGAGAAGAUAAUAAGAAGACAGAGAUGUUUAUGACAGCAAAUCGAACAGUUCGGACGGGUCUUACAGCAUCCGCUGUGAUAUCGUCUUGGCUAUGGUCUACUGCACUCCUAGGCUCUUCAUUUGUCGGUUAUAGCUAUGGUAUCGCCGGCCCCUUCUGGUUCGCUGCUGGCUGCAGCCCCAUGAUCGUGUUUUUUGCUCUACUUGGAAUCUCCUGUAAACGAAAGAUUCCCGAGGCACAUACAUCUUUGGAGAUUGUUCGCAUUCGCUACGGCCGAGUCGCUCAUGUAGUAUUCAUGGUCCUUUGUCUUGUUAACAACAUCUUCGCCUGCGCAAAUAUGCUACUCGGAGCUUCCGCCGUUAUUACUGCCGUCUCUGGAAUGCAUAUUAUUGCUUCUACCUUCCUAUUACCCGUCGGAGUAACAAUCUAUACGUUUGUCGGAGGAAUUAAAGCAACUUUCUUGACUGAUUAUUUCCACACCGCAAUUAUCUUGAUAAUCGCAUGCUACUUUUCCAUCAAGGCGUUCUCAACCGACCAAGUUGGCUCAAUCGAGAACUUGUUUGAUCUAGUGCAAGCAGCGGCCCAGCGACAUCCAGUUUCUGGAAACUAUGAGGGUACCUACCUUACUAUGACAUCAAAGAGCGCGAUUCUAUUUGCUAUCCUUCACACCUGCUCCAACUUUGGACUGGUAAUUAUGGAUACCAGCUAUUUCAUCAAGGCCUUCUCGGCAAAGCCAUCAUCGGUGGUACCGGGAUAUACAAUUGGUGGAAUCGCUUAUUUUGCCAUCCCUUGGGCGCUAGGUACUGUGAUGAGCUCUGUGGCUCUUGGUCUUGAGAACCAGUCAAACUUCCCAACUUUCCCUCGGAGAAUGACAUCUUCGGAGGUCAGCAGUGGUCUUGUACUCCCCUAUGCUGCGAUCACAAUUGCAGGGAAAGGUGGAGCCGCGGCUGUGCUCUUGAUCAUUUUCAUGGCUGUAACUUCAACUCUCUCGGCACAAGUCAUUGCAGUCAGCUCGAUCCUCAGCUUCGAUGUUUAUCGCGAAUAUUUCAAGAAAUCUGCGACCGACAAGGAUUUGAUUCGGUCCAGUCAUUUCGGUGUGGUAUUCUUCGCUGCAUUUUCAGCCGGCUUCAGUACAAUGCUUCACUAUGUCGGUAUUGACCUUGGUUGGACUUUGUACAUGCUUGGUGAGAGACAUUCCUCAUAUUCAGUAUUUGAAAAGAACGCUAAUAUCGAGGUAGGAGUUGUUACUUGUCCUGGCAUUUUCCCGAUGGUUUUCACCGUUCUGUGGCGUAAACAUAGCAAGGCAGCGGCCAUUCUGUCACCCGUUCUUGGUUUGGCCACUGGGCUUGCUGUCUGGCUGGGCACUGCCUCUCGCUUUUUUGGUGAAGUAUCCGUUGCAACGACGGGCGAAAUCCUACCGUGUGUCUACGGCACAGUAGCCUCCUGCUUCUCGCCAAUUUUGUACUCGGUCGUCAUCACUCUUAUCAACCCCCAGAACUAUGACUGGGCCGACUUCAAAAAAGAAAAACUUGCAUUGGAAAAGUUGGACAGUGAACUAACCACCGUUCAUCAUGACGAGCCCUCUAGCCAAAACAUGACCGGCAGCAUCGAGGAGGGUGGCGUACACAGUGCCUCCGCGGAGGCGCAAGAGCUGAAGCGAUGGGGCCGUAUCGCCGCCUUUUGGUCUGUCGCAACAUUCUUGGGUCACUGGGUAAUCUGGCCGUUGCCAAUGUAUGGUUCGCAUUACGUUUUUGGAAAGAAGUUCUUCUUUGCCUGGGUUGUCGUUGCCAUCAUCUGGCUAUGGGGUACCAUGCUUGUUGCAAUUUUUGCACCAUUACUAGACGGCGGCAUACAACAGAUUCUUCAGGUCUAUCAUGGCCUCACUGGAAAAGAUCAUGUUUCUGGGACUUCUAAUGGUAGCAAAGAAGUUGCAGUUGCGAGUACCCCCGCUUCACAAUCUGAAGGGUCUGUCAACGAAGGGAAGGAGGUCGCAGGCGGGAAAUUAUGA